AGGCCCUUCGAUAAAAUCAGGAACUUGCGCUGGCCCUGCAAUGUCGAGGGAGGGGGCUCACCCAGGGCUUCUGUAGCUCAGGGGGCAGGCCUGAGCCCUGCGUCCGCCCUACGACCAUCCAGUCCCCCGACGGGGCACCCCGUCCUGAGGGGCCCGCGCUGGCCCCCACCGAGGCAGGGGAUCUGACAGGCUCGGAGCUCGGCUGGAUGUUACAGGCGUGCAAAAUGGAAGGGUUCCCCCUCGUCCCCCCUCCGUCAGAAGACCUGGUUUCCUAUGACACGGAUCUAUACCAACGCCAGACGCAUGAAUAUUACCCGUACAUCACCAGUGAUGGAGAAAGCCACAGCGACCAUUACUGGGACUUCCACCCGCCCCACGUGCACAGUGAGUUCGAGAGCUUCCCUGAGAACCACUUCACUGAACUGCAGAGUGUGCAGCCCCCUCAGCUGCAGCAGCUCUACCGCCACAUGGAGCUGGAGCAGAUGCACGUCCUCGACACCCCCAUGGCGCCGCCCCACACCAGCCUCGGCCACCAGGUCCCCUACCUGCCCCGGAUGUGCCUCCCAUACCCAUCCCUGUCCCCACAUCAGCCCAGCUCGGAUGAGGAGGAGGGUGAGCGGCAGAGCCCCCCACUGGAGGUUUCUGAUGGGGAGGCGGAUGGCCUGGAGCCGGGGCCUGGCCUUCUGCACGGGGAAACAGGCAGUAAGAAGAAGAUUCGCCUGUACCAGUUCCUGCUCGACCUGCUCCGCAGCGGCGACAUGAAGGACAGCAUCUGGUGGGUGGACAAGGACAAGGGCACCUUCCAGUUCUCGUCCAAGCACAAGGAGGCGCUGGCGCACCGCUGGGGCAUCCAGAAGGGCAACCGCAAGAAGAUGACCUACCAGAAGAUGGCGCGCGCGCUGCGCAACUACGGCAAGACGGGCGAGGUGAAGAAGGUCAAGAAGAAGCUCACCUACCAGUUCAGCGGCGAGGUGCUGGGCCGCGGCGGCCUGGCCGAGCGCCGCCACCCGCCGCACUGAGGCGGCCGCAGGGCCCGCCCAGGCCCCCCGCGGGCCACAGCAUUAACCCCUCGCCGGCCCGGACACGGGGCACGUCCGGGGCCAGGGCAGGACUGCGGCGGCCACCCCUGCCUCGCCUUCCCUCCAGCCCGCCCGCGCCCCGCUUGCACCAGUGUGCACCCCAGGGAGCCCAGCCCGAGGUGCCCGCGAGCCGCCCGGCGUCGCCCCCGUCCGGCCUCGGCCUGGACCCGAGGCCGGGCGCCUCCCGGGGGACUCCCCUGUCUGUGUAGAUCGAUGCUCCUGCCAAGCAUCGCCCUCUCCCACCGCCCUCACCCUUUAGGAAGGAAGUAAAAUUCUUGUCAACCACA